AUGCCGAAUGAGUAUACGCGUAAGCAGAAUACGCCUAAAAGGGGUUGUUGGUCCGCAGAAAAUUUAACUGAUGCCGUUAAUGCGGUAGUGUACGGUCAAAUGGGUGUCAAUGAAGCAGCAAAAGCGUUCGGCAUUCCAAAAACCACAUUUAAACGCAGAUUUUCAGCUAGUAAUCUGGAUAAAACCGACCGAUUGGGCCCUGGUAGUGUACUUGGUAGAGAAGCAGAAAUGAAGCUCUCUACCCACAUAAAAAAAUUGCAGAAAAGUGGUUUCGCACCCACUAGAGGGGAAGUGCGCGUUAAGGCAUAUAAUUUAGCCGAACGUCUUGGAAUUGAACACAAAUUUAAUCGAGAAGAGGGUAAAGCUGGUAAUGUAUGGCUGCUUCAAUUUUUGAGACGAAAUCCAGAUAUUACAGUUCGCAAAGCUGAAAAUACCUCAAUAGCUCGAGCGUUGGGAAUGUCUAGAAAUAUUGUAGAGAAAUAUUUUAAAGAACUCGAUGCUGUACUCUCUCAAAAUAGUUUAUUUGACAAGCCUGGCAAUAUAUACAAUACAGACGAGACAGGACUACAGCUGAACACGCGAGCAGGACAAGUGCUGGCUCAGAAAGGAUCUAAAAGUGUACCUUCAAUUAGCACGUGCGAAAAAGGUGAAACAAUUACAGUAGUUGCCUGCUGUAAUGCAGAAGGGGUUUAUUUGCCUCCUUACUGCGUGUUUAAGGGGAAAAAUGCUAAAGCAGAAUGGGCUGACGGAAUGCCACCUGCCUCACGUAUUCGCAUGUCAGCAAAGUCGGCAUACGUGACGUCAGACAUUUUCCUGGACUGGCUACAAAACCACUUCUACCUCAGAAAAGUACCCGGGAAAGUCUUACUAAUAGUAGACGGACACACUUCUCAUACAACCAAUCUUGACACGUUGCAAUUUGCCGAGGACCACGAUAUAAUUUUGUUUUGUUUGCCUAGCCAUACAACACAUUAUUUACAACCGCUGGAUAGGGCAUUCUUUAAAAGCCUGAAGGGGCAUUAUUAUGAAUCGUGUAGGAGGAUGAUCAAAUGCAACCCCAAUAGAAAAUUAAAUCGGUUGCAAUUUGGCAAACUUUUAGGGGAGGCUUGGGGCAAAUCGGCUACAGUCAACAAUGCCGUAUCGGCCUUUCGGUCAACAGGAAUUUGGCCUUACAAUCCGAAUGAAAUUCCCGAUCACGCUUUUCUAACCCAACCUCCAAAUGAGGCUGCAAUACAUGCAAGAGAAGAAGAGGAACAAACUGGCUCUACAGCAAAAUUAAGGGAAACUGAGACCCUUUCUCGCGAUGGUGACUCACCUCAACCAGGCCCUUCCGGAAUGCACCUUCCUCUCUACCAUGAAUCGCCUCAACCAGGUCAUUCAAAAAAACAGUUGGGAAGUGUUGAAGAAGAAGAAACACCUGGGAAGCUACUUCAAGAACUUUCACCUGUACCCCAGAUAACCCCAGCUAUCAGAAAAGCUCGUGUGAACCUAAUGGGUGACUUAACUUCACCCAAUCACAUAGCCCUUGUUCGUCAGAAAAAACAAAAACAAAGCCAAACACCUCAUCCAAAGGGACAGAGAAAGGAAAAACCUUCCAAAAACAAAUUACCGAAAUCUACAGAUCAAAAGUUGCAGAAGAAACGCAGACACGAGUCUACUUCUUCAGAAUCUGAUGGAAACGUAAUCUUGGAUGAUUCAUCUAGUGGGGAAGAAACGUUGGAUGAUAUCGAAAAUCAGUGCGUCGGGUGCCUCGAAGACUAUCGCCUUACAAAGAAAAAGGAGGAAUGGUUACAAUGCAUUGUAUGUUCCAGAUGGUUGCACGAUGGUUGCACAUCCUACACCAACACAUGCCAACGCUGCGGUGCCGCCCCCACUUUAAAAAAAGGGACAAAAACCCUAAAUUAA